GGCGCAUCCGUCUCCGGCAGCGACGUCACGGGGCACGGCGUGGCCGUCGGCGCUUCCGUGUCCGGAAGAGAAGUUACCGGGCACGGCGUGGUCGUCGGGGCCUCCGUGUCUGGCAACGAAGUCACCGGGCAAGGCGUGUCAGGCAAAGAGGUCACGGGGCAAGGCGUGUCCGGCAGGCUCGUCACUGGGCACGGGGUGUCCGGCAGCGAGGUCACUGGGCAUGGAGUGUCCGGAAGGGAAGUCACCGGGCACGGAGUGUCGGGCAGCGAGGUAACCGGGCACGGGGUGUCGGGAAGCGAAGUCACAGGGCACGGAGUGUCCGGGAGCGAAGUCACGGGGCACGGGGUGUCCGGCAGCGAAGUCACUGGGCAGGGCGUGUCGGGCAAGCUCGUCACUGGGCACGGGGUGUCCGGCAGGCUGGUAACGGGGCACGGGGUG